AUGUUUACCUCCACAGCUGAAACACGACUACAUUUAGCUUGUCGGAUCAUCAAUACAACUCUGGAGCUGUGUGUGUGUGUGUGUGUGUGUGUGUGUGUGUGUGUGUGUGUGUGUGCUGCCUGGCAUUACUGGGCAACUGGACAGCAUCAUGGUGAGAGUGAGUGAGAGAGCAUCAGAGAGAGAGAGAGAGAUGGAGGGGGAGGCAGUGGUUGGCUGGGAGGCAUUUGGAACAAAACAAAUGAGGGAAGAAGAAGUCUGAUGGAAAACACAGCAGAGAGCGAACAAAGACCACUGUGAAGGUUUUCUCUGCUCUCAGGAUGACCGUCACGUACUCCAGUAAAGUUGCGAACGCCACCUUCUUCAGUUUCCACCGGCUGCUGCUGCGCUGGAGAGGAAGCAUCUACAAGCUGCUGUACCGAGAGUUCAUCCUGUUCGUGCUGCUGUACACCACGCUGAGCCUCGUGUACAGGCUCGUCCUCUACGAUGACCAGAAGAGGCUGUUUGAGAAACUCUCCAUGUACUGCGACAAAUACGCAGAGCAGAUUCCCGUCACCUUCGUUCUGGGUUUUUAUGUGACUCUGGUGGUGAAUCGAUGGUGGAAUCAGUUUGUGAACCUGCCGUGGCCCGACCGGCUCAUGUUCCACAUCUCCAGCUGUGUGAAGGGUAAAGAUGAAUAUGGCCGCCUGCUGCGCCGCACGCUCGUACGUUACGUUAACCUCACGUCGCUCCUCAUCUUCCGCUCCGUCAGCACCGCUGUCUGCAAACGCUUCCCGACCAUGGACCACGUGGUCGAGGCAGGUUUCAUGACUCCGGAGGAGAGGAAGGUGUUCGAGAACAUCCGCUCGCCUCACCUGAAGUACUGGAUUCCCGUCGUCUGGUUCUCCAACCUGGCGUCUAAAGCUCGACAGGAAGGACGCAUCCAAGACAGCAUCGACCUGCAGAACAUUCUCAAUGAGAUGAACCGGUUCAGGACCUGGUGCGCGACUCUCUUCGGCUACGACUGGGUCGGCAUCCCGCUGGUCUACACGCAGGUCGUCACUCUCGCUGUCUACACCUUCUUCUUCGCCUGUCUGAUUGGCCGUCAGUUCCUCGACCCCGCCCAGCAUUACCCCGGCCACGACCUCGACCUCUACGUCCCCGUCUUCACCCUGCUGCAGUUCUUCUUCUACUCCGGCUGGCUGAAGGUAGCAGAGCAGCUGAUCAACCCGUUCGGAGAGGACGACGACGACUUCGAAGCCAACUGGAUCAUUGACAGGAACCUUCAGGUGUCUCUGCUGGCCGUCGAUGAGAUGCACAUGAACCUGCCUCACAUGACCAAAGACAUGUACUGGAACGACAGCGAGGCGAGGCCGCCGUACACGCUCGCCGCCGCCGACUACUGCAUCCCAUCAUUCCUCGGCUCCACCACCGACAUGGGACUCUCUGACAUCCUGCAGUUUGAUGAAGUUGAUGUUAGCGACAGUCGUCAGCGGCAACAGGACCCUGUUUUCGCACUGCGGCAAGAAUCAGUUCUCGGUCGAGUUCGCCGGCUGCUGAGCGUUCAGGAGCCUCCGGACCUCCGACCUCCUCGACCCAUCUUCAAACGACACAGCAGUGACGCAACAGGAAGUUUCUUUCCAGACUUCAGGAUCCAUCCAAGUCCAGAGGCCAUGCGUCCGCCCUCCUCCCUGGCCAUGGACACCCUGUCCACCCUGAGGGAGGUCAGCAGCAACCCUCCCUCUCCUGAAAACUCGCCCACUGCUGUUUUUCCCCAGCUCGUCAUCAGCCCGCCGUUGUCCGGUGGCGUCGGUCAGGACAUGGCUGCUUCUGGUAAUGGUGAAGCAGCAAAACCUCAGAAUGGACUGGAUCCCUCGCCGACUGAGGAAACACAAGGCCUGGACACCCUGAGAACCGGCUCCUCCGUGUGUUGUUCCCCCACCCAGCUGGGACCCAAGGCAUUUCGCUGGACCACAAGCAUCCAGCACCGGCCACCCACCCGGCCGCGGGGGCGUCAGUUCUCCCUCCAGUUCUCCAGGCAGUCGUCCAAAGGGUCGGUCCGCAGCCUGCCGAGUCCCAAGGCUCUUGGAAAGCGGAGACGAGGCCUGGCCCGAUUUCAGUCCCGACGAUCACCUGGUCCACCUGGGGACACUCUGCAGCUCCCCGACCCUGAGUACAACCACGACUUCCAGGGAAUAGCUGGAACUGAGGACAACGACAAGGAAGGAACCAACAACAACAGCGAAGACAUCAAAAACCCAAACUGCCAAUCAGAGAGCUUGGAAAAGCUCUGAGAAACCACUCAGAGUGACAGAAUACUGCCCAAACAGAACCGAUCUACAAGCUGGUGACCCAACAAGUCAGAGGAAACUGAUUCAAACCAACAGAUGCUCGAUAUUUCUGAACCUGGAGUUCCUGCUUGGUGUUGUUUUGUCACUGAGACGUCAGAACACCAAAAUGAUUCUGACGCUCGUCAUCAACUAAAAAGAAAAAUGAGCAACAACUAACAUGAAGAUCGGCUCAGAAGAAGUGAAAAUAUCCACCAGAGCUGAACCUCUCCUGUACUGAUGUUUUGACAAUGACGCCAUCUAGUGGCCGUUAGAGGAACUGCAGCUGAACAAACCUCAGCUCAGCCCAUCAACUGUGGUGACUCGCUGAUGAAAUACUCAGGAUUACUGAUCGGACGUCUUCUGUCCUCAUGUGACAACAGUGUCUGUCUUUGUACGUGUAACUAAAGUUAUGAAUCUACAACUAGUUGCUGCUGCUGAAUCACCAAAAACUGUACUUUUUAAAAUAAAACGUGACUGAAACGUGUGAA